CGUGUAUUACAUCACAACAUGGCGGCACGCUUUGGGCACGUUGCUCGUCUGUCGAGAAGUCCUUCUUCAAAGUGUUACUCAACAAGUUCCCACUUGGUAAAGCAUGACAUUUCUUUGUUUAGAAGGUUGAGGAGGAACUAUAAAUACAUUCUGGACGAGAACUUGGCCGCGAGAAUAACUCAAAGUCUUGGAAGGUUACAAGACGAUGUUAUCAUUGCAACUAAUCCAGGUACUGGGGUAUUAACAAGAGCGCUCUUCGAAGCCGGGGCGACUCAUGUUAUAGGACUUGAACCUGAAAGGAGAUUUCAUCCUAUUCUAUGGGAAAUUCAACGUCAACUUUCAGAUGAGAAAAGACUUGAUGUGAUUCAUGGCGAUUUCAGUAAAAUUGACCCUCACAUACUGACAGAUGACAUUUGUACACCUCCAGCCAUUGCUUCUGAGGAUGUUCUGCGCUUCGUAAAGCCACAAUCAUGGGAAUCCGAUAAUUUAGCGGCGAGAUUUGUGGGGGUUGAAGCUGCUAUUAACCCAUCAGUUCUCCACAGGACUAUGAUUAGACAUCUGGGUUCUAUAUCUGCAAGAAAUGGAAUCUUCCAGAAAGGAAGAUGUGAAUUGGCAUUUUUCUUUGAAGAGGAUCGAGCUCAAAAAAUCACUGCCAAGUUUGGGAGUAAAUAUUACAACAGACAAUCAGUGAUUGUGGAAUUGUUGUGUGAUGUGAAGGUGUUACUUAAAGAACCGUAUUCUCUGUUUUACCCUGUACAUGGAAAGCAGAAACACAAAUAUCUUACAUUAGUCAGUAUUGUGCCAAAGAAACAGCCUGCUGUGAACAUUUCAAGUGGAGAUCUGCAUUAUUUAAACUACUUCAUAAGACUUCUGAUGGUCAAACCGAAGAGCAAAGUUGUAAACACAAUGGAAACCAUCAACCCUGGUAGUGGUGUGAUUUGUGAAGAGCUACAAUUCCCUCAUGAUAUGAGAGUAGGAGAUCUGUGUCCUGAAGACAUUGGUAAACUUGCAAGUGCCUUUUUCCAGUGGGAAGGCAAAUCACUCAGUUUUUUCUAUGAUGUGGGAAGUAAUGAAGUAUUGCAGUAAUUUGCUCUAGGUAUACCAGCAUAAUACUAGUGGACAGGAGUUAAUGACUGUGUGCUAGGAUUACCAUGAGCUGUUGACACUAUUCCUUAUUGUGCAGUUCCAGAUAAUAUCGAUACUCCCGCCACAGAAGGGUUGGAAUUUCUGUGGGGGGUGGGG